UGGAAUCACCCAAGAGUGAUAGGGGUGGGACGAGGAGAAACCCCGAAAGAUGGAAAUUCAGCGGUGGAAGGGGAAGAGAGAUCGGGUAUAGAGGAUGGGAGAGAAGCAUAGAGAGCAGAAGCGAACCGGGGAAGAGUGAGUGAGUGAGUGAGUGAGGAUGAAAGAGAGACAACGAGAGAGAGAGAGCGAGGGGGUUGAAGUUAGAGAUAGGGUCGGUUGUUCGUAGGGUGGCCGGCCGGCCAGUCGUGCAAUCGCGGCGACAUCGGUCGCACAUUUAUUCGCGAUGCUGGCGAACGCUUCUUUUUCACAUUUCAAAUUUCUUUUUUUUUAACUCUCAAAAUCAUCCAGCAUCUGCGUUAAUGCACCACCUCGAACGUCGAUAAGUACCUUAGAAACCAGGUCAACCCAUUUUUAAAAUAAAAUUUAAUAUUCUCAAAAAAAAAUUUACCCGCGUCUUUUCUUUCUCUGAAUUUUAGACCCGCGAUUUAGUGUCACAGUCUUUGAUUUCAAAUGGCAAUAACUUUAUCGCCCGAGGGUGAAAGUUUCAAAUAAAGCAACAACCUUUCUCCCCACAGUGGAAGUUGAGAGUUAAUGUUAGGUGCUCAAAAAUCAAGUGGAUAAGUGAUUUUGAACCUGGAUCAAAAAGAUACCGAAUAAUGCCCAUUAGGAUAGAAAACAACUUUUUUUGAAUUCCAUUCAAACUCGCAACAAGUGUAGAAAGACUAUUACAAUUUCCAGGGUGCUUUCUCUCCCUCAAAAAUACAGAAUAUUUUCGAAAAAUAUCUUCAAAUUUCUCCAACAGAAUCUUAUUUCUACGAAAUCAAUUUCAAGAUACCCAAAAGUACCGAUGCUAAUUUUGAUAAUUUCCAAAUAACCCAAUUCUAAUUAAUCCAAAGGAAUAGUAUGGAUUACCGAUAACGCAACAUUUAAUAUUUUUCAACAAUUCCUUUUUCCAAUCUGAAUUAUUCUCGAUAAGCAAUGACUUUCCAAAAAAUAGUCAAUUUAUUCAUGUAGGGGACACAAAUGCGUCUAUCGAAGGGAACAAUUUAUUUUUGAGAAAAAUCUAACACAGGGAUCACUUUCAAAGAAGGGAAAAAGCAAAAAAAAAAAAAAAACAAGUUACUUCAAGGAAAAAAACAAUUUUCGUAUUCAUGUAAAAAUUUCAAGGGGGAGAAAAAGAAAAUUGGGAGCAAUCAUAAAGAACAAAAUUGACAGCAAUAAAAUAAAAAAAAAGGAACAUAUAUAGUGGACGAAGAAAGAACGUUGAUCAAAUUUGACAGGAAAUAUAAAAACGAUAAAUUAGAAACUAAUUGACAUUGACGAAUUUCGGAAAAAAUUUUUCAGAAAUAGAGAAAAAUUGUCAAGAGACUGAAAAGAAACUUGUGACACAAAAAAAGUAGUUGAGAGAAGAAAUUCCAAAACUAUUCCCCUUUCUAAAUUUAAUGAAAAGUAAAUUUAUAGAGGAAAACAAUUCACGAGGAUAAAUUUAGAGAACAAGUUCUAGCAGUCAUAAAUUUGUAUGGAACAAAUAGUUCAAGUAUAUAAAUUCGUGGGUGAGCGAAUAGUUCAAGUAUAAAUUUCUUCUGAACAAAUAUCAAGUUUAAACUUUAAUUUUAAUACUCGCGAGGUUAUAAAGAAGAGACACUGGGAAAUAUGGUUCCAUAUGGUUGAAUUUUCCAAGGAAUAAAAAAUUGAUUUUUCAAGGGCAAGAAGAUUAGAAAGAAAAGGUUGAAUGGGAUGAAGGUGAUGAGAUGUGAUCUUGAGUCGAUGGGGGUGUGUAGUUGAAAGUAAAAGUCACGAGGGUGACGCGCUGAACAGCGUGCCAAGGGAUCUAUUGAUUUGUUUUUGUUGUAUGAGACCCACUGACCGCGUCGAAUGUGUGUCAGUAUCCUGGAAGGGCGUCGGAAACACGUCACACGAGGAUCAUGCUGUUUUCAUCGGUAUUCAAUAAGAAGAGCGAUUAUGAAAUAGCCAGAUUACUAUCCACAGUGGGAUAAUAACGACAUUCAAACCAGGAAUUAUAUGAAUUUUCUCUUCGAACAGAAAUAAUAAUAAUAAUAAUAAUAAUAAUAAUAAUAAUAAUAAUAAUAAUAAUAAUGAUGAUGGAAAUUGCGAUUUCCAUUUCAGGGAUUUCACCUCCUCCCGAGGUGUCAUCGAUACCAGGAAUCUGGAAAAUCAGCUGAUUUGUGUGAUACCUAACUUUUAGGAUUACGUUCAUUAUUUUGAUUGUCCAACUACUAAUUGGAAGCGAAUCGCUGAUUUAGGAUUCCCAAUGGCCUAUUUGACCUGAAGCAUGCCUUGCCUUGCCAGCCUGACUUGUGUUUAACAUCUAGAUAGUGCUGGAGCACUUGAAUUCUCAAGCACUCACUACUCUCCCGGUAUCAAUUGUCACUCGAAGCACCGGGUGGCUCAUUGUUGAACCUUUCGAGAUAACACGCGUUGUCUGUUAAUGAGCGAGGCGAAAUUAGGAAACUAACAAGGGAGCCGGUAUGAAAUGAGCAAUGACGAGGGUUUCAGACACGGGAAAUGGGGCAUGAAUUAGAACUCAUUUGGUAAAGUGUUGCGCCUCAAGGGGUCGACGGGAGCCAAGAGGAAAAACGCCAGCUUAACAACAACUCUCAACAAAUACAGUCUGUUAUAUUAUGGUGAUUGUCAUCUCACUAAAGAAACACUUUACCGAUAAAUUCCGAUUUCUAACCAUCAGGUGCGUCAAAUCUGCUAAUCGAUUUAAUCCCAUUUUCACCCACGUGUACUUUCAACGACUAUAAUUUCAUUCCGGAUGGAUUCAAAUACUUUUCUUAAAUUGCUUACGAAUUUCGAGCACAUCUAAUUUCAGAAACCAACUUCCGGUCUAUGAUUGCCGGAAGGGUUACUACAGGAAACUGAUGUUUAGAUUAAAUCAAGUCUAGGUUAGGAAUCAGAUUUAAGGGAAAUUAAGAAUUUCUUUUUAGAUGAAAAAAUAUAGCUUUUCCAUCAAGGGACGUCAGCAUAAAGAGACAAUAAAUCUCAAGACUUGGUACAAAGCACAAGACUAAACAUUAAAAAGUUGAGCUCUACUUUCUCGGACAAUAAAAAUAGAAAAAAAAAAGUUUGUUUCAACAGCAAUAUUUCCUUGAGGGGGAGGAGAGGGAAAUAACAUACUCUCUUCUCAUGACCUCGGUUGAGUUCUGAAUCGAUAACGCACACUAGCUGAAAAGCAUCGUUUUACUGUAAAGAUUAGCUCCAGGGAAACAAUUCGAUACGCUUGAAAUUCAUCAGCAAUUAUCGUAUCAUCCUGAGAGGAAAAAGAAUCCCCUGGCAACAGACUGACGCCAGAAGCAGCUAAGCGGCUCUUCUCUAGACCCUUGAAACUUGAGAUUCGAUUUCGAUUCAUUAAAAAUCGCCCAUUAGUCGAGAGAGCUAUUCUCACCAAUAAUUUGAAAAGAUUCUCCCACCGAACCGACUGUUAGUAACAAUAAGUAAAUCAAAACUUAGGAAAUUGAAUAACUCGAUAAAUGUCAAUUCGCUUAAGGGCGAGAAAAAUGGGUCAACAAGGAAAAUUGAAUUAGAUCUUUUUCAAAUCUUUUUUUGAAAACUUUUAAAAUGAUGUUUUCAAGUUUCAUCGUCAUCAAUUUACUGAUAAUAUUCCAAGUUGUCGACAUGUCUCUGUCGCCAAAAGUGCCUAGCGAGAGGGAAGCUAUCUUGAUUCCGGGUGAUGUAGUUCUGGGUGGUUUAUUUCCGGUGCAUGAGAAGGGUGUUUCCGCCUGCGGUCCAAAGAUUUACCAUAGAGGGGUCCAGCGCUUGGAGGCAAUGCUCUUUGCGGUUGAUAAAAUCAACAAUGAGAAGGAAAUUUUAUCGCACACUAAGCUUGGUGUGCACAUAUUAGACACCUGCGGUAGAGAUACAUACGCCUUGAAUCAAAGCCUUCAUUUUGUGCGUGCCUCUUUAUCUAAUCUGGACCUGAGUGUCCUCGAGUGUGCUGACAAAUCCCUACCAAGAGUCAAGAAAACAGUCAAUACCGGUGCAAUAUUUGGAGUGGUUGGAGGGUCUUACAGUUCGGUUACACUUCAAGUGGCAAACCUUUUAAGAUUGUUUCACAUCCCCCAAAUAUCCCCAGCCUCGACAGCAUCAGCAUUAAGUGACAAGACGAGAUUUGAUUAUUUCGCUCGAACUGUUCCACCUGAUACUUAUCAAUCAAUAGCACUUGUCGAUGUUGUCAAAAGUGCUAAUUGGUCAUAUGUGUCGACAGUUUAUUCUGAAGGAUCGUACGGGGAAUAUGGAAUAGAAGUUUUCACGAGGGAAGCAACAGAGCGAAAUGUGUGUAUCGCGGCGGCUGAAAAAGUGCCAAGCACCGCUGACGAUAUGGUAUUUGAUGCGAUUAUUCAGAAGUUGAGCAAGAAACCAAACGCGAGGGCAGUGGUUUUAUUCACGAGAGCUGAGGAUGCUAGGAACAUUUUAGAAGCCGCAAAGAGGGCUAACUUGACCCAGCCUUUUCAAUGGAUAGCUAGUGAUGGUUGGGGUAGGCAAAUGAAGUUGGUCGAGGGUUUGGAGGAGGAGGCCGAAGGUGCCAUCACCGUUGAGUUGCAGUCAAAGGACAUUCCCGAGUUCGAUAAGUACAUGGCGUCGCUUACACCCGAAAAUAACAGAAGAAAUCCUUGGUUCGGAGAAUAUUGGGAGGAGGUUUUUGGCUGUGUUUUAAGGAAAAAUCAUGAAAAGGGGGUUAAUAAAAGUGUUCAGGAGUGUGAUCCGAAUCUAAGACUCACGCCCGAGAUGGGCUUUGUUCAAGAAUCAAAGGUGCAAUUUGUCGUCGAUGCAGUCUAUGCGUUCGCUUUGGCUUUGCAUAAUCUUCAAAAAGACAUAUGCAAAAGAAGCGUCGGAUUAUGCAAUGAAAUGAUCUCUUACGACCGGGGUCAGUUCUACAAGAAAUAUCUUCUUAACGUCUCCUUCAUAGACGCUGCGGGAAGCGAGGUAAAAUUCGACGAGCACGGUGAUGGACUCGCACGCUACGAGAUUCUCAAUUUCAGGAAAAUGAAUCUCAGCAGUAAUAAUGGAUAUCAGUAUAAGGUGGUGGGUAAAUGGGUUAGUCUUAAAUCCCUCGACAUCCGAACAGAGGAACUUGUUUGGGCACGUGGAGCAAAAGACAUACCAAUAUCAGCUUGCUCAUUACCCUGUGAACCGGGCAUGAUUAAGAAGCAACAGGGUGACACUUGUUGCUGGGUAUGCGACCAAUGUGAAGAGUAUGAAUACGUUUUUGAUGAGAUGACGUGUAAGGAUUGUGGUCCAGGCAGAUGGCCUCAUCCUGACAAGAAGGGUUGCUAUCAACUGCCCAUAAAGCAUAUCAGGUGGACGAGUGCGUUCGCUAUAGUGCCUGCGGUGAUUUCAAGUUUGGGUAUCAUAACCACUCUUGCAGUGGCUGGUUUGCUCUUUAAGCAUCGUGACACGCCAGUGGUGAGGGCAUCCGGACGAGAAUUGACCCUCAUCCUCUUAGCUGGAGUCCUGGUUUGUUAUCUCAAUACAUUUCUCCUUUUGGCAACCCCAACCACAGCCACAUGCAUCCUUCAGAGGUUUGGCGUUGGGGUCAGCUUCAGUGCUGUUUAUGGUGCUCUACUAACCAAGACUAAUAGGAUUGCAAGGAUUUUCGAUUCGGCAACCAGGUCGGCUGUCAGAUUAAGGUACAUCAGUCCCACGUCUCAAGUGUGCAUCGCCGCUGCUCUCAUUGCAUUUCAGGUGGUGUUGACUUUGGUCUGGAUGAUCGUGGAACCCCCGGGUACUCGUUACUGGUAUCCAGAUAGGAAGGAGGUGAUCCUCAAAUGUAAUAUUCAAGACAUGAGUUUCCUCUUUUCUCAACUUUAUAACGCAACCUUGAUCCUUGUAUCCACAAUAUACGCCGUAAAAACGAGAAAAAUUCCCGAGAACUUCAACGAAAGCAAGUUUAUCGGAUUCACAAUGUAUACAACAUGUAUAAUUUGGUUGGCUUUUGUGCCGAUAUACUUUGGUACUGGGAAUGCCCACGAGACACAAAUCACGACACUUUGUGUGGCUAUAAGCCUCAGUGCUUCAGUGACUUUAGUCUGCCUCUAUUCUCCCAAAGUUUACAUAAUCAUCUUUCAGCCAGAUAAGAACAUUAGAGGAAAAGUUACCAUGGGUGGUAGUACGUUCAAGAAACAAUGCAGCAGCGCUGGAACAUCCUCCGUAUCAAAAUAUACGGGUUGCGAGAUGAUAAAAGAAAAUAUCCCUUUACAGACUGCGCUAACUGCUGCAGUGCAAACAUCUGUGGGUGUGACUGAAAUCUCAUUAUCAUCCAACUCCUCCAACAAAUUACUUAAUAAAGAACAAAUAGCUCAACUUUAAAACCUCGUGAUAAUUAUAUCAAAUAUUGAGACUUGAUAUUCCAAAGGAAAAAAAAAAAAGAAAAAAAAGAAAAUAGGUGCAGUUCGAUAUUUAUCUCAUUAUUGAGAUAUGAAAGAAAAUUUAUAAGAUUUGCCAAAACAGUAUUUCGUCAAGAUCUAUAAUAUAUAUAUAAAAUGUAUAGUGCGCGUUUAAGUGCAAGAAAUGAAAACUCUACGACAAAUAAUGAUAAUUAUAUUAUAGUUAAGAAAAAAAAAGGCUACUGAACUAUAAUCGAACGUGAUUUUUGGUAGCAUUAUAUAUGAAAUAUUAUAGAGACUAUAAUAUACCAUAUGAAGUCUCUGAGUGUGUGCGGUGUCGUAUAAAAUAGUUAUCAAUUACAUUCGUCGGGAAAUCGGCUCUAAGAUCUCAAAUUUAUAGAUAUAUUGAUUCCUUUUCUUUUAACGUUCUUGCGGUAAAGAAUGAAAAGAAAUGAAAAAGUAUUUUGGCCUAACACUGUUAAUUUUUAAUUUCAAAAGUAUCAAAUAGCAACGGAUUGAUACAAAAACUGUGGAACAAAUAAAUGGAUCAAAAAUUUGAUCCACUUUAGUAACAAUUUGACACUUUCGAGAAAACUGAAUUUAUUAUUUUUAAUUUUGCAAUGAAAAAUUAUGACAUAACAAAUUUUUAAUGCGCUUUCGAGAAAGGUAUACCGAAUCGUUUAUGCGUUUCUAUUUUAUUAGAUUUUUCUUAAUUAAAUGUUUCUUUUUGUUGAUGUAAAUUUGAAACCAUUUUUUAUGGAAUAUUACGAACAUAACUCACCGAAUUUGAAUCAGUUAAAAAUCAUAGUUUUAACUGACAAUCAGCGACUGACUUGGGAGCGUCACAUUUAGUUAUUUCAAUAAAUAAAAAAUUUGCCAAAACCUUGCAAACUUGUCAAAAUUUAUAUAUAAAAAAAGAAAAAAUGUGAUUAUAAAAAAAAAAAAUUUUAUAAGGUAAAAAUUGAUUCAUACAUUUAAAAAAUAUAUUUCUACUGCGAAAGUAACAAGUACCGAAUAAAUUCGCGAAUAGUUUGAAAAGAGUAUAUGUACACAUUCAUUCAAAGUUGAAACUUGAAACAGUUUUGAGGCAAAAAAAAAAAAAAAAAAAAAAGAAAAUAAUCUCUCUUAUGAGUUUUAUGACUUUUAGCGCAACUUUAUAAGAUGUUUCGGAACCGGAACAGAUUAUAUUAUGCGAGAACGUCAAUUUAACUUUUGGAAGUAAAUUAUUCGGUAAUUAUUAAUAAAACUUAUUUCCAUAUGUGUCAAAUUUCUUUUGUCUUGCAGGAAUAUAAAUAUAUUUUAUUCGCUAAAAAUUUCAUCUAUUUUUGCAUCAAAAUAUGGAUGAUUCUUCACUCAGUGGUCACUUUUGAUUGUUUCCUAUUUCAGAAUUUUUAAAAAUUAUUUUCAAAU